AUGAAGGAUUUUGACGACAAAUUGGAUAUACUUUUGGAUUGGCUCCGGUCCAACGCAUCUUCGGCGUUCGUUUCGCCUAAAAUUACCGUGAAAAACGCCCCAGAUUCAGGAAGAGGUCUUUAUGCCACAGCCCAGAUCGCUGCAGUGGAAGAAAUAGUCAAUAUUUCACAUUCGCUUUUGCUCAAUUUCACUACGGCACUUACGCACGUGGGCAAGUUUGCUGGGUUUCGUUUGAACGAGCCGUAUUACGCCAAAGUGGUGGUUCCUUCGACUCCUCAGGAUGAGGUUACUCAAGUGUACGGCAAGUUUACGUUGGACGGGGUGUUGAAGCUUCUGUCGUUUCAGUUCUUGAGUGUUUAUUUGGUUUUGGAGCGCCGAAGAGGUGGAAACUCCUUCUGGAAACCGUUUUUGGAUAUGUUGCCUGAGUUAGAUGAGCUUUCAUUGGCUCCAUUUGUAUGGACGCUUUUGGAGCUUCCUGGCCACGAAAACUUAACCAAAUACCUUCCUAGAUCUACUAGAAAACAUACAGAAAAGGUGCUACAGCGGUUUGAAACGGACUACUCAGUAAGCAGUGAGUUCUUGGGUUCAGUGCAUAUUGAUAGAACUGAGUUCCUCUGGGCCUGGAUGUGUAUCAAUUCUCGUUGCUUAUACAUGGAAAUGCCACAAAAGACCGAUUCCAGUGAUAAUUUCACCUUGGCACCGUAUGUGGAUUUCCUAAACCACCUGGGAAACGACGAGUGUGGUAUUAAAAUCGAUUCCCACGGUUUCCACGUUCUCACGUCCACGACUUAUAGUCCAGGCGCUGAAUUGUACUUCAGUUAUGGUCCUCAUUCGAAUGAAUUCCUUUUGUGUGAGUAUGGGUUCACGCUUCCCCAGAAUAGAUGGAACUAUAUUGAUGUUUCCGAUUACCUCACGCCUUUGCUUCGGCCUCAGCAAGUUGCGUUCCUUAAAGAAGCUGGGUAUUAUGCAGAUUAUACAAUCAACGACCUGGGGAUCUCGUUUAGAACAGAAAUUGCCUUGGCCACUUUACAAGAAAACGACCCUUCGCUGUCGAGAAAGCUUCGUGCGUUCGUUGACGGCAUGACCGAUGGAACAGUGUACCAGAACAAAAGCCAGACUCUCUUGAGCCAUAUUUUGAAGAAGAUCGUGAAUGACUGUGAUAAAAAGCUUUCUGUGGACGCUUCAGAUGCCAGAAUGAAGGCCAUAGCGACGCUCUAUAACGAUACCAAGACCUUAGCAGAGAAAACGCUCCAGGACUUUUCUCCAUGA